GCGUAGCAGGGAGCAAGCAGGGAGGGCGAGUAGGCAAGUAUUGGGCAAGUAUUGGGUAUUUAUCAUAUUUAUAUGCCCUGGCAGCUACGCGCCCUAACCCAACAAGAACAAGAAGAAGUAUUUAUUUGCACUGUGGUAUUGCCCGUAUUGGGCAAGUAGCAGUUCUCUAUAUCAAUAUACCGUAUCAUACCUAGGGCCGCAAAAUGAUAAGUAUUUCAGUUUCGGCCUUCCAAGUUCCAAUUUAAGAAUCUUCUUACAAUUCAAAGGAAUGAAAUGGUGACGCUCCGACAGGAGGCUGCGUGAGAUUGAUAAGCAUAAUACCUAAGGGUAUUUGAUAUCUGACAUAGCCAUACUAUUGAUUCACGAUCAAUGGCCUCUACAAAAGCCGGGCAUACAUGUGUGCUGUGCGAUAAACAGUUGGAAACGAAAGCGGCACUUCAGGAACACUUCAGGGACCAUGCCAACGGUAAAAUCAAGCCUCGCCAGCGGCGGACGGGGAACCGGGUGCCGCAGGGUGGCCGCCGGCCGGUCUCUGCCGGCGCGCCCCCGCAGCAGCGCGAGCAGCAGGCGGCGGCGGCGCACGACCACGACGAGCCCGCCUGGCAGUGCGACAGCUGCUCGGAGUCGUUCCCCUCCGUGACUGCCGCCAUCACGCACAAGUUCAAGAUGCAUCCGGACAGCUCGGCCAAACACUUUUGUCCGUACUGCGGCCAGCAGUUUCCGCUGAGGGUGUGUUUCGACCUGCACGUGAAGAGCCACAGCGAUGAAAAGGUGUCGAGCGAGGAGGCGGCGUGCUCCGACUGCGGCGCCGUCUUCUACCAGGACAAGGCCAGAGAGUAUCACUACAAGUCGGUCCACUGCAGGUCUGUCAGCAUAGGUCAGCCCAAGUUCUGUCCGCCGCCCAGUCUGAAGAUCGACGUGAGUCAGUCGGGCGAGCUGCGCUCCUGCUACUACUGCCACCUGUGCGGCUCCGAGUACACGGUCAAGUACAACCUGGUGCGCCACCUGGAGCGACACGAGCCCGCCGAGCGCAACACGGUGCCCAGUGACAUGAUCCGCUGUAACCGCUGCACCAGCGUGUUCUACAACCAGCGGGCCUACACGGCGCACCUGCUGCGGCACCGCGAGGGCGACCUGUUCGUCAGCACCGAGCAGCAGAGGCUGCAGGUGGUGGACAGGGUGGACCAGGACCUGGACCUGACGCGCAUCCCCAGCGCGCUGGACCGCUACGUGCCGGGCGGCGGAGCGGCGCGCACCGCCAGCCGCGCCAAGCGGCCCGCCGAGCGCGCUGACGACACGGCCGCCAAGUCAGUGCGCGCCAGCUGAUGGCGCGGCGGCGGCGGCGCGCGCCCGAGCGGCGAGCCGAGCCCGCCGCCGCGCUGUGCCCCGCGCCGCCCGCCCGGAACGGGCUCCCGUCCUCCCCCUCGAGUCAUACUCACCCUGUGCUAGGUCACCGAUGUUUCUCUGUUAGCCAUUAGAUAAUAUUUUGUCUAUAGUGUUUUUUUUUUUGCAAUGCUGUACUCACCAUUUCCGAAGUUGUUUUCGAACUUGGGGAGAUAAUUGUAAAGAUGUAUUAGUGCUAACGUCGUGUAAAUAGCCAGAUGUUUGUAUCAUGUCUGUUUCAUUGCGAGGCCAACGAUGUCGCCUCUGUCAAUAUCAUCUGUGCAUGGAAAA